UCUUCUGGCGGAACACUGGAGGAAGUCAAAUCUACAGCAAUGGUAGCGACCUUGUACAGAGCGUGGUGUCCACAACAAUUUCAUUAGUUAACCACCUAAAAUGCUCCUAUAUCAAACACACGAAGUGUCGGUUUGUAUUUAUAGUGCCCCAUUUCAAGGUUAGCAAGAUGUUUUCAUUCGUCAAGGCUGCUGUCGGCGGAUUGACCGGUAUCUGUAAAGCCCCCGGUCACCGACAAGGUCCUUUGUACAACCAUUUGAAAGUCCUAGCUGCUGGGUUUAAAACGUAUGAAAUCCCUCCAGACUACAGUGAUGUGGUGCUGCCAGAGAAACCCAAACUGAAGUUUAUGAACAAGGUUCCUAACCUUAAAAGGGCUAGGAAAGAAAUGAAGAAGCUGCGCGAUAUCCAAGGCCAAGCUAAGGCAGCAAAUGCCUUCACUACAGGACAGUAUGCUAUUGUGGCCAUGGGAGGAGGCUACCUCCAUUGGGGUCACAUAGAAAUGAUGCGUCUGACCGUCAACCGCAAGAUGGAUUCCCGGACUACAUUUGCCCGCUGGCGCAUCAAUGCCCCGUAUAAGCCAAUUACACGUAAAGGCCUGGGUCAGCGCAUGGGUGGGGGGAAGGGAGCCAUCGACCACUAUGUGACACCUGUCCGCUAUGGUCGUUUCAUCGUGGAGGUGGGAGGAAAGGUGGAGCUGGGGGAGGUUGAGCAUAUCUUGACUGAAGUGGCAAAGAAGCUACCCUUCCCUGCCAAGGUAAUGAGCAGAGAGAGCCUAGCAGCCCUGCAAAAGAAACAGGCUGAUAUGGAGCAGAACAACCAGAAUCCCUGGACCUUUAAGAUGAUAGCGCAGGGCAACAUGCUGGGUAUCAGGAAGGCAAUCAGUCCAUUUGAUCUGCACAACCAUGGACGCUUCACAGGCAAAUUUCACCUCCCGGGAAGGGUUUGACAGACACAAUGUCAUACUGUGACACUAUCCAGACUACACCGUUGAAGAGGCAACCAACAUUUUGGAGACCAUGUGUGGGGAAUUUUUUUUUUUCUUUUUUUUUUUUAUGGAAACAUAUUUGUGAAUUUGACCUUUUGUUAAAGGAGCUUUCUUUUCUUUAUCUGUUUAAAAAAAAUAAAAUAAACUAGAUUAUGUAUUUCAGUUUGACAUGGUGACUCAAAUAUUGUGUGACAAUAUUGUAUUUCUGUCUAAUCAACAGCAAAAAAGAUAGAUGUGAAAGAAUUAACAACAAAUGAAAAACAAAAUAGUUAAUUGUACAGUAUUUACUACAGAUUUACUGAUCAAAAAACGAAAUAAAUAAAUAAAACGUAUGUAUGUAAUAAGAAAAAAUGUAACAGCUAUAAAUGUGUUUAGAAGAGGCUGCCAACCACAGUCACAACCAGUCACAGCUCUGAAGGAAUGAUGGUUUUCCAUGGCUGUCGCUAGAGGCGGUGGUCAUACCACUACAUACAGCACCCUGUCAUUUGCUGCAGAUCAUUACACUUCUUAUUCAGAGAUGGGGUUGAAAUAAACAUGAACAUUUUUUUUGUUAGUUUGUAGAUUUUGAACAUUUUCUAAUGUGUAACAUUGAACAACUACUCUACAUUUCCUAUUGGGUUUUGACAGCACAUCUGCAUGAAUCUGGACGUAUAAUUCUUCUGCAGUUCACGUUGUUUAAUGAAAAAUGCCAGUUUAGGGGGUAUUGCCUAAUUUAAUUGUCCUACUUGUGCAAAUAUCUAUUGACGUGUGUGAGCUCGUUGUUCACUAGCUGAUGCUGUUAACGCUUUACGUUUGUUAUUGUCCCAUUGAAUGAAGACGUGCAAUUCAAUUCAG